AAGUGUGUGUAGUGUUGCGAUUUUAGAUGGUUUACAUUUAUGUGAAAGGAGGAUAAAAAAGAAGUCGGACAACACCGCUUGGAAAUGACUCAAAAGUUGCGUCGAAUCCCACCGGCAUAAAGAAGUCGUCCAACUUAUAUUUUCCAUUCACAUAUUACCAGACCGUAGACCGCAUUCCGCCGGUAGUUGUGGCUAAACCAAGAAGUGUGUAAGUUCCAGAUCGACUGUCUCCUUUCACCGCCAAUAUGCCUAUUGAUUGCUACUACGUUCCUGGUGGAGCCCCAUCAAGAAACGUCCUUCUAGCUGCCAAAGCAUGCGGAGUUGAACUUAAUCUCAAAUACAUGGACUUGAUGAGCGGAGAGCAAAUGUCCCCUGAGUUCCUUAAACUGAACCCUCUGCAUACUGUCCCCACAAUCAACGACAAUGGUUUUGUUUUGUUCGAGAGCCGAGCAAUCAUGACCUACCUUGCAGAUCAAUAUGGUAAAGAUGACAACCUUUAUCCAAAAGAUCCUAAGAAGAGGGCUAUUGUUGACCAGAGACUGUACUUUGAUAUGAGCACUAUGUAUGGAAGACUUGCUGAUUAUUAUUAUCCCGUGAUCUUCGGUGGAGCCAGUUACGAUCCCGACAAGUUGGAAAAGAUCAAAGAAGCCUUCAGCUUCCUCGACCAGCUCAUUGACAACAACGACUUUGCUGCUGGCAGCAACCUCACUUUGGCCGACUUGGCCCUUGCCUCAUCAGUUUCCACUUACGAGCUGCUAGGAUUCGAUUUCAGCUCCUACAAAAACGUUGUCAGAUGGUUCGAGAAAGCAAAAGCCACGAUUCCUGGAUACGAAGAGGCCAACGCUGAGCCGCUCCAGCAGUUCAAAGCUUUGAUGGAGAAGUUGGCAAAGAAGUAGAUAGGAUUGGAUACAGUAUUAUUGUUAAGGAAGUCUUGAUGCUUCAAGAUUAUUGAUUUAUGCCACUUGAAGUUGUAUUUUAUCUUUUUUUAAUAAAACCUGUUAUUUUUA